AAAGAACGCUCGGCGUUGGAUGCUUAAUCAGCGACCCACCUAAACAGGUAAAGCGCCAUUGGCAUUGAGUGCGAGAACCUCACAGGCAGCUGGACUCACUGAUACUCUCUUUCACAUUACUCCUUCACUGUCCACCUUGACACCUUCUCCAUCUGCUCCAGUUAAUAAGGAAUUGAGUCUUGGGCUCUCGCUGAUUAUACCACUCCCUGAAAGCGGUGAACGCACAAAGAAUCCAGCACCACACUAGUUACUCAAUAUGGCCAAAGACAAAGCAAUUGGUAAAGGAGUCCCUAACAGACAUUUACAUGCUAGGGCCACAUUUUUGUAUCAAGCAGCUGCCUACUUGACACUGCAAGCUGGGGAUGAUGGCUUAGGUUUAGAAACGACUGAGCAUCCCACACAGAAAGAAUCCUGCAAACAGCUGUCAGCCACACGCGGGAAUUCUGGGCUCGCACUCCAGCUAGGUGCACACCUUCGCAGUGUAUCUUUGAAAGGCCAAGUUCGCCUCUCUCCUCACUUGAAACGGUCACUCUGCAAAACCUGUAACGCUGUGCUUGUACCUGGCCAGAAUUCUACUCAGGUCCUACAGAACAAGAGCAAAGGGGAGAGAAAACCGUGGGCGGAUGUUCUGUUGAUUCAGUGCAAACUGUGUGGCAGCCAGAAGCGAUACCCAAUUGGAGCAACACGGCAACAAAGGAAGACCAAACGGGCCCUAAGUACCAGGGACCAAUCUGCCGGUAUUCAUUUUGUGGACAUCGAACCACUCCAUUCCGCCACUCUUCCUAUCGAGACCGACCACGACCCCGGCUCUGGGUAGGAGCUAGCAUGAGCAUACUAGAAGACCAUAGCCGUCACUUGUAACAGGAGACAUGGGACGAGUAAGUUGCUUUU